UCCUAUCUCUGCUUUUUUUUUUGUAAACAUGGCUGCGACACUGGCCGCCGAACCCGAGCGCUUACAAACAUAAACUCUUCAUUCAGCAGCGACGGGGGACCGAGCAACAAGAUGGAGAGCUGGAGUAGUGUUCCACUGGGUCUCUGCUGAAAGACGAGAAGAAUAAGAAGGCGAACAUGACCGACAAUUUGCCAAAUAUUCACCUGAGGAGCUGGAAGGCGAAAAGUUUGUAGCUGUGUGAAGUUUGACAGCUAACUUAGCCUAGCUAGCAAACUGGUCAAGUUAGCAUGACGUAAGACUUGAUAUGUAAUCCUAUUCGGAGAUAUUUAGAUGAAUAACGAGGCGUUUGGUUAAAUUUCCGACUCAGUUGUGCUGAUAUCAGUUGAAGAAAAGAAGUCUGAGGUCUUAAAACCAGCUCACUAAUUAACAGAUCUGCACAAGGACAUCACCACUGUGGAGUUACUUUUUCGUCGUUGUUGCUGCUGCUAUUUAUUUAAAUGAAUGAAUGAAUGAAUGAAUGAUGUUCCUCUUGUAUCCUGGGAGGAUGGAUGUGAUGUGAUGUAAUGUAAUCCCAUUACAUCAUUAGCCCAAAGUAGGAACUAAGCAGGGAAAUGCAAUGGUGCUGAUCAUAUUAUCCUUCAUAAUUCUCCAUCACCAAAGUUUAUCUUGCUAAAAAUACAUCAGCUGCUCUGCUUUGGACAUCAACACCUGUGUCAAUAUGUUUUCUCCAAAACCUCCAAAGCCAACAUUUACAUCCUAUCUUUCCCCAAUUCAGACUGAUGCCAAGAAAUAUCUUCCAGUGUCCACCAAGAAACUCGAGGCCAGACUCUUACCAGGGGAGAUUGUGGUAAACGAGGCAAACUUUGUGCGGAAGUGCAUUGGAGCAGACAGCAGUAAAGAUGACCUGUGGGGAAAGCUCAUCUGCACCAACUUCAAGGUGUCCUUCGUUACCCAUGAUUCCUUGCCACAACAGAGGUUCCAGUGUGUCCACCGCCUCUUGGGAGAACACGAUGUCCCACUGACGUGUGUGGAGCAGGUCGUGACUGUGAAUGAUGCGAAGGGUAAGCAGAAGAUUCUGGGCUCUAAUAAGAAGCUAAAGUUUAAUCCCACGGAGUUAAUCCUGUACUGCAAGGAUUUCAGGAUCAUUCGCUUCCGCUUUGAUGAGGCCGGACCCGAGAGUGCCAAGAAGGUUUGCCUUGCUAUUGCACACUACUCCCAUCCAGCCGACAACCAACUACUGUUUGGGUUCGAGUACGUUGGUACGCGCUUCCAUGGCUCUUCAGGUGAGAAGGUGAAUGGAGUGGACUUGGGGAAGGGUGUACAGACGGCCAUGUUUGACUGCUCUUCUGAUUGGGACCGGGAGAUCAAACGCACCGGUGCCUCAGAAUGGAGAGUGUGCACUAUUAACGAGGAGUAUCUGAUCUCCCCCAGUCUCCCAGAGUUCUUUGUGGUUCCGUCUUCCUUGGCAGAUCAGGACCUGAAGCAGUACGCCUGUUACUUUAAAGCUCAGCGCCUCCCGUUAUGGUGCUGGAAUCAUCCCAAUGGGAGCGCCCUGAUUCGGAUGUCUGACAUCACUGAGCUCCAGCAGCAGAGGAAGCUUGAUCAGAGGAUUUGCAGCGCAGUAAUCAAAAGCCACCCGAUGCGCAGCAACGUCCUAAAGACAGAUUUGAACAAGAGCCUGCCAAGCAUCCAGGAGAUCCAGACUGCAUUAGUGAAGCUGCGGCAGAUCUGUGUGAUUGAGCCCUUUGAGGAGUCUGAGGAGAAGUGGCUGUCUUCCAUGGAAAGUUCACGGUGGAUGGAAUAUGUCAGGGCAUUUUUGAAGCAUGCAGUGGAGGUCAUCUACAUGCUGGAGGGGAAACAAUCCUCUGUCAUUCUGCAAGAAGAAGAAGACCGGGAUUUGAGCUGCAUCAUUGCGUCUCUGGUGCAGCUGAUGUGUGACCCUCAUUGCCGGAGUCUGGCAGGUUUUCAGGGCCUGGUGCAGAAGGAGUGGGUGAUGGCUGGCCAUUGCUUCCUUGACCGCUGCAAUCAUUUGAAGAAGAAUGAUAAGGAGGAGUCUCCCCUAUUUUUGCUGUUCUUGAACUGCGUAUGGCAGUUAAUGGAGCAGUACCCAGCAGCCUUCGAGUUCACAGAGAUGUACCUCACCGUGCUGAGCGACAGCAUGUGGGUCCCUGUGUUCAGCACUUUCCUUUUCAACUGUCCACGACAAAGAGCUGAACACAGCAGGGACUUUGCCCGGAGUAAGAGUAUAUCCCUGGGACGGGACAAAGUUCUGCAGUUCCCGCCGGUGUGGGACUGGUCACAGCAAUUCAGUCUGAAAGAUCAGGCCCUUUUCAACAAUCCUCUGUACGUGGGCAAGAGUGCCCCCUGUGUCCACAAUGGCACGGUGCGGACGUUCAUACACAAGCGGAGCAAGAAAAACUACAGUUCCACACUGCGAGGUCUGCCUUCAGAUCUGAAGAAUGGCGGCCUAGCCGUAAUUGACACUCUACCACGGCGUAACUCUCUGAUCCCACGACUCCGUACGGAUGUUGCACAGAAGCAGGAGAAGCAGGAGAGCCCUGCCGAACGCUUCGUACAGGACUGGCUUUCUCGGCCAGCCGACCUGCAGGGUUUGCUGCUGCCACAGCUCCUGCCUUCCCAUCUGCCCCUGUGGAAGCUUUACUUCCUGCGCUGGGUACCCGAGGCCCGCAUCCCCAACGGUGGCCCCAUCACCACUUUCCACAAGCUCUCUAUGCUGGUGGACGAGAUUGAAAUUCUCCAGAACCAGCUGAGGCAGUACACAGGAGGGACGACUCCAGCACGCAGCCCCCAGGACGAACCCAGCAAAAUGUACUUCAGGGCAGGAUUAUCUCCAAGCGAGUCUCCAGCUCCUCCUGAGUGCCUCAGCUCCUCGUUCCCCUUCUCCCCCGUGGGCAACCUGUGCCGCCGCAGCAUCCUGGGUACUCCCCUCAGCAAAUUCCUCAACGGAGCCAAAAUUUGGCUGUCCACCGAGACACUAGCCAAUGAGAACCUCUGAAAACCUGAAGCCUGGUACCAGGCCUCCAGAGAGCAAUUGGAUUUGUGUAGCAUCAUGAAUGACUGGAAGCCUCGAGAAUAUUCUCCCUUAUUCACACUGGUCCAGUUGGCUUGUUUGUUCUUUUCAAAAGCUCUUCAGCCAAGUGCCAACAUCAGAAUGUUUGUGGUUCGCUGCAAUGGUGUGUAUUUAUUUGGCGAUGGACGAAAAAAAAAAUGUAUAUCGAACACUCAAUGAGGUUGUGAGUUUAAGAUGGAGAUUCUUUUAUUUCUGUGCUGGUUUGAUUUACUGAAGCACUUGGUCUGAGAUUUAACUUGUUCUCCAGUGAGCCGAUAUUGGAAUUUUGAUAUCACCAUAACUGCCCAUACCUUUAUGGUUUAUAAAAUUAUCAUUGCAGUUUAUGUAAUUACUAAGAAAAUGUGUAUCAGUGGGAGAUGCUCUGCUCUGUUCUGUUCUGUCUACCUUUGAUCUCAUGUCUAAUGAUUACUGCAGUAUGGUGUAUAAAUCGGUACAUGUCUAUUGUCCAGAAUUUAUUUGCCAGGCUUUGAGUGAGGUGUUUUUUUCUUUUCUUUCCUUUUCCAAAGCAUCAAUAUGAAUCUGCACAUUAUUCUACAUAGUUUCAGUCUUUCUAAACUGCCAGUACUGAUUAAUUUUUUCUGUUUGGGAGUUAUGGUAUUAGGAUAAAUGAUGAAAGUAGGACUGUACGUUAAGCCUGUGGUAGAAAAAUCUAUUAACACUUUUUAUUUUAGUAUGUAUAGUUAUAUAGAUUUUGUAAGAAGCCUUCUGGAAAGGUCUAACUGUACGUAGCUUUUAUUAAAAUUGUGAAUGGUAUGGGUAAUGUCAGGGAUUGCCCACAGUAACCCCCAAAAUGCAGGUGACAACUGUGCACUUAGUGAUAUCUAACACACACAGAGGCUGGUCCUCGUCCGUUAGAUCCCUCGCCCAACGCAAGCACAGAAUAGCUGCUCCAAGUAACUGACUACUGCUCCAACCAAUCAGCUGGUUGAACUGGUACAGCAGUCGAGUGCACCGUAUCCCAGUAGGCACAUAGUGAAUUAGCAUUAGAUCGGAAAGUCAAGUUCGUAAAGAGGUUUUAUUGGGAAAAACAGCACUUGUUACCUCCUUUUUUUUUUUUUUUUUUAAGCUCUUUUUAACUGGACAGUUUGUUUGAUCUAUAGCUUUCUCUAAAGGUGUGAAUUUUUGGAUUUUGACCAGAGUUUGGGACGGGGUGGAUGAUAUGUUAUCACAAUAAAUUGUCAUGAUACACUUGUAGGAAAAAAGUAUCUAAUUGUGGUGUUAUUCACAGUAGUGAGUAGUGUAUUGGGUGCUUGUAUAAAUUUUUUCCCUAGUUUUUCUUUCUAAAAACUUUGGUGUUGAAAUAUUGCUUUUUUUUUUUUUUUGAGAUUUACUAAUUUGUUGACAAUAUUAGUGAGAAAAUCCUGUAUUAAUGCCUUCAAAUACUUUUUUUAAUUAAUAUUAUUAUUAUUAUUAUUAUUAUUUUUUUUUUUUUUUUACAUAUUGCCCACCCUUAUUUUCUGAACAUGUAUUUGGAUGGAAUUUUAUUGUCUAAAACAUGGUACUUUUUUCACCCAGUCAUUCUUUAUAUAAUUUUUUUUGUGUGUGUGAUUAGUUUACCAUUAAUGCAGUGCACUCGAAGCUGUUAACCAUAAAAAUUACUUGAUCUUAACACAUUUAGGGUUUUUCAUUUAAACAGCGCUGAUAUUUAUUCAGAUAUGCAAAGAAGCUGAACCAGGGUUAUUUAUUCUAAUCCUGUGUGCCUUUUUGAAAUUGAAAUUGUGGCCUUGCUAUUCAGUGGAUGUUGAAUUUUUUUCUUUCUCUCAGGCUGUAACAUGCCGACGCUGCCUCCUACAUCAGUGGCUAAACUCAACAUGAUUCCAAAGCUGUGUGUGAGUGUGGUCAUGUGUAGAAUUGUUGUGUGUAAGCUAUGAGGUGGUCACCUGGGCUCCUGUACAUCUGAAAGUGCUCUGAACUCCUGUGGUUUCUGUUCUCAGUGCUGCAAGGCCUGACUCUGAGCCACUCUGCAAGACAUGAUGCUUCUGAUUUAUUUCCUUGUGAAUAAAAAAAAAUGGGUUGAUUGCUUCA